GGCUGGGAUGGAAAGGGAGCGCCGCCGCCGCUCUAAUGCAGCAGGUAGAGUUGCGCGCUAGGACCUGGGCGGAAUCCUUGGCCGCCCGCAAACUGGACUACCUUAAACCCAGCCCAAUGCCUCUUCCUGCGCCACUUUUCCCUGCGCGCUUGGAUGGAAGAGGCACAGUCGAGAGCCGCAGCUCGGCACUGGAGGACGGCGGCAGCGGCAGCGGCGGCGCGGCACCGGGAGCCCUGCGGAAGCGGCACCUGUUCCCAGGCGAGGCAGCCGAGAGAUAGCAGCCGUGGGACGCGGCUGCUCCCUGCCUUGUUCGGCGCGGAUCGCCACCCCGGCUGAGCCCAGAGAGGCACCCGCGGUGCCUCCUCCGGAGAAUUCGGGAUAAUAGGAUCUGGACGGCAAAAGUUUUCUUUUAAUUGGAUUUUUAUUAUUAUUAUAACCCCCCCUCUUUCCGGCGGUGGAGAGGGGGAUUCGUCUCAGCCAGCCAACGGGAGAUUUCCCACCCACCCUGCUCUUCUUUUUCGUCUUCUCCCGCUCUUCUCCUUGCAGGAUUCCAUGCUGAUGUAUGCAGCCAGUUAUAGAGUAAAAACAGCGCAUGCCUUCCUGGAGUCAGAAUCCAUAAAAAAUCCUGGCGUCGCCCGGGCAUCUUAAAUAUAUCUGCCUAUAUAGCAAUAAUCGGUGCGUGCAGCUCCCAUUAAAAAAAGCCUCAGGCGCCGAAGUUGCUAUGGUCGUCCUGCUCCUAAGCCCCAUGGAGAAACUACGGAUUUUUAGCCUCAUUACGGUCGGGUGGGCAGAAGACCCCACCGCUUGCUAAGAGCUGGAGGAAUAUAGAUGAUCCCUCGCCCUGGACCCCUCCAGACCCGUCUGAUGUGUUUAUAAAUAUGUCCGUGUGCGGCGCUUUCUUAAGACUAACAGCGGCUUGACCUUGAACCUGGGACAAGUCGAAGCAGCAGAUCACUUUCAAAAAAUAUAUAUCCUACUUAUUAUUAUUGAUGGAUUAAAGCAAAGGACAUUCUUUCUUCCCCUCCAUGUAACUACAAGUGGGAGGGGAGAGUGGAGUGGAAACACGUCCUCCCCCCCACCCACCCAAAAAAAGGGGGGGAAGAAAAAGAUCUCUACCUUGGGUUUUUGGGCACCAGCACUACAGUUUUGCUUCAAAAACGAGCUCGCCUUCCUCCCCCCUUCCUCCUCCUCCUCCCUCCCCCUGGCUCCUGAUGGCUCCCUUAGGUGAAGUUGGGAACUAUUUCGGCGUCCAGGAUGCGGUACCCUUUGGGAACGUCCCCGUCUUGCCGGCUGAUAGCCCCGUGUUGUUAAGCGACCACCUGGGCCAGGCGGAAGCGGGUGGGCUACCCCGGGGCCCUGCGGUGACGGACCUGGAUCACUUAAAAGGGAUCCUGAGGCGGAGGCAGCUCUACUGCAGGACUGGAUUUCAUUUAGAGAUUUUCCCCAAUGGUACGAUCCAAGGAACCAGGCAAGACCACAGCAGAUUUGGUAGGUAUGGGCGAUUUAACCUUCUGGUGGCCGUGGGGCUGACAAUGACAGAAGUUGGCCCCCCCCCCCCCUGUUUCUGUUCACAGGAAAAGCUAACCCAGGAAUGUGUAUUCAGAGAACAAUUUGAAGAGAACUGGUAUAACACAUACUCAUCGAAUCUAUAUAAGCAUGUGGACACUGGAAGACGAUAUUACGUUGCAUUAAAUAAAGACGGGUCUCCGAGAGAAGCGACUAGGACUAAGCGGCAUCAAAAAUUCACACAUUUUUUACCUAGACCGGUGGAUCCAGAGAAAGUCCCUGAACUAUAUAAGGAUAUUUUAAGCCAAAGUUGACAAAGACAAUUCCUUCACUUGUGAGCCCUUAAAACGAAAGUAACCACUAUAAAAGGUUUCAUGCGGUGGGUUCUUAAUUGAUUAGCUGUGUCAUCGCAUCAGCUCCACUGUUGCCAAACUUUGUCGCAUGCAUAAUGUAUGAUGGAGGCUUGGAUGGAACAUGUUGGUUUUGUUCUGCACUUAAAGGGGUUUUGUCUUCCUGGAGGAGUGCCUAUUGCCCAUUCGCUUGGUUUAUUAUGAGAGGAAGGAAGGAAGAGUGAGAAUGUGUGAGAGCGGAGAAAAGAAAGGAAAGAGGAUGAAAGAGAGAAGCUGGAGCAAGAAGGAAGGAAGGGGGAGGGGGAAAGGCCUGAUGCAUGCUGGGAAAUAGACACGCUUUUAAAUUUUUUGAUCCAUUGUACUUCAUCCUAUAUCAGCAUAGCUGCCAUACUUUGACUCAUCAGGAAUUUUGGCUGGUGGCCUGCGCAAGUGUACGCUGCAUUUAUAAAAAAGAAAACGAAAAAAAGAAGGCAUGGAGGGUUCGUUCUUACUUAAACAAACAAACAAACAAACAAACAAACAAACAAACAGAAAGAGACUUGCUAUUUUUUUGUUUGACUGCUCAAGUGGGAGCCACCCCUCGCUGAAUUUAAAAGCAAAGACCUCCCAGGUGAAAAAAAACGAGAAAAGAUUAAAAAAUAAUAAAAAGUAGUAAAAAAAAAAUACGUAAAAAAGUUUAAAUUUAUUUAUAGAAAUUCCAAAGGCAACAUUUUAUUUAUUUUAUAUAUUUAUUUAUUAUAUAGAGUUUAUUUUUAAUGAAAUAUGUACAGGCCUGAUAGGCAGUUUGGAAGCUUUAGGCUCUGUGAAACAUUUCGACGGCGAAGGCCGCUCUCGAACCUGUGAUAAAACUCAUGCAAGUCAAACGUAAAAGGUGCAUGGAGGCAAAGAGAAAUCUAGCGAUCCUAAUGUACUAAAGGUGACAAUCUCCUUUGUGCCCAUAUUAUUGUAAAAGUAUGCACAACCACUCAUGACACAGAGAGCUCACUCUUCUGACUGCUUGUUUCAUAGCUUAAACUCUCCCCCCCGUCCCCUCCUCCCUCCCCAAGGAUUAAAGAUAAAAAUGGGUCUUCAAAACUUUAAUUCUGUGUCUGUAAUAUUUCCUCUUUGGUAAGUCGACUUAUUCCAUCUCUGUAAGCUUCACAGUUGUGAAAAGAAGAAAGAGAAAAGAAAACAAGGGUUGGUAUAUAUUCUACUUGUUAAAACCUACUGCAGAUAAUACCAAAGCUAAAUGAUACAUAUGCUCCUUUUAUUUAAGCAGAAUGCCAGAAACAUCCUAAUAUUGACAUUUUGUACUAAUUAAGGUUUUCACAACUAGUACAAGAGGCCCGGGGCAAGGUUCACUCUUGUAAACUUGUUUAAUUGUGCACUUGACUAUCUACUCUGAAAUUACACAAGUUCCAUAGGGGUUAUUACUGUAACAUCUUUUAUGGGGGGAAAAAUUGCUUUCAGUGUGAACUGUCAUAAUACAUAUUAACACCCUUCUUAAAGUAAGACUCUUGCAAAUGAAACUAAUAAAUCUCUAUUGAGAAUUGCAACGAGGGGGAAAGUACUAUACUCGUUUUAUUUCAAGUUAUCUUUCAUAUGUUCCUGGGGCGUAUGCCGUUAGGACUGUGUAACAGAGUAAGUGCAAACACACCUUUCGUUAGGGGUUGUAAUUUUGGAACUUGCCCCAUAGAAAAGAGCCCCUGGGAAUAGCUGAGUCAGAAGUGCUGUCCAACAGCUGCAGCCCAGUGCACUAUGUUUGUGUACCAUUGUGCAGAGUUACUGUACAAGGUUUCGGAGCUCAGCCUGGUUUGGGUUGUUGCCUGGAUUCUAUUUAGUUUGGAAAGUUGUGCAUCCGUCUCCAUAUGAACGAUGCAUGUUUCCUUGGGUUGCAGUGGAUGCUUAAAACAACUGAAGCACGUCGAAGCACUUCUAAUGCCACUUCUUGUAGUUGAUACCGCAUGUCAUUCUGGGACCGUAUAAGUUUUACUUGAGUUUCCACGUGCAAGUAUUAGCAAGCAGUUUCAAGGCUCUGGUUCCAUCCAACGAGCUUAUACUCGGAGCAGAGCCAUUGAACUUAAUAGACUUGGUAGUCAUUUUCAUUACUUUCAACUGGUGUGCUCUGAGUAUGGCUGUUGCUAGAGACAAGCCUAAAUCUUCCACCUAGCUGGAGUAAGAAGGGAGUUUAAUGCACAGAGGGCUGUAUCAACUAAGUCAUUCGCAGAACAGACCCAUAGACUUAGUAACAACUAACUCAAGCCCCUUGAUUUCAGUGGCUCUACUUUGAGCAUGCCUCCGUUGGAGACAGACAAAAGAUAUUAAGUACUGCUUAUGAAGAAAUUGGAGAAAACCACCAAUAUGUUCAGAAUGAAUUCGGCAUUCCUUCACUCAGUUGCAAGCUGCACAAGAUGAGUUUACAUGUUCGGUUGUGGGCCGUGGGGAGCACAUUACAUUCCACACGGGGCUACAAAUGAAAAGUAUAUCCCCAUGUACAGUUCUUACCCCUCUCUCCCCACUCUUUGUAUCUCUUUGAUACAAAGUCAGUCUUCCCCUUAUUAUUACGUUAUCUAUCUGUAUGUUUCCACGCCCUUGUUCAUGUUAACUUGUGUUCUGGGCAAGGGCUGAGGAAUUAUGAUGCCAACACAGGUGUGUUUAAACAUUAUGGGAGAGGUGGAGAACUCAACACGGGGCUGGGAUUUUCAGAGGCAGCCUUGAGUCAAGUGUAAUGUGUAGUUCUGCCCUUUGGGCUAGCCAGUCCAUAGUAUCCAAUCUUGGGUAAUUUUUUGACGCAACUAUCCAUGAUACACUGAAGAGAUCUGUUCCACAUAUCUGGUAGCUAAAAUUUAUUACAUGAGCACCAUAAUGUGUGCAGUCACUUACUCUGAAUGGGAUCAGAAUAAGAAAACUAUUCUUUCAUUUAAAAUGAAAAUCUAAUGCCAAUUGCUUCUUGGCCCAUAGUAUAAUCAAACUCAAGACUUUCCCAAUGUAUUGUAAACUGUUGAAUAUUAGCCUUGGGCUAAAUCUUUCAACGUAAAUAAAUGACAGCUAGUUUAAUUCCAAGGGACGUUGGACAUCUAAUUGCCAGAGCAUUUCUGCUUACGGUACAUUCAAUACGUAUUAACUUAAUUGAUCAGGACUUUGUUUCUGUUUAAGAAUUUGAUAUAGUUCUUCUCUUAUAGAUCAAAACCCUCUUUAUGAUGAUCCUUUUUCUUUUUGCCGCCUGCCUGGGAUUUUGAAAAUGGGAAGAUUGUUAAGCAGUUGAAAAGCCACAAUACUUGGGUGGAUCACAAAUGGUGCAGGCCUGCUAUAAGACCACUUUAAUUGGACUAAUUCCACCAGAAUCCUCAAUAGGACUAUCAUUGUAAAUUACUUUGAAAUUGUGUUUUUAAUAACCAGAACCAGAAAAUGAUUAUCCUUCGAAUAAACGAGUUAAAGGACAUACAGCAUGUUCAGCAUCUAACAGUAAAAGAUAUAUAUAUACAUAUUGCAUAAAGGUGGAUUCAAGUAGCAAUAAGUUUCUGAUUUUGCACUAAGUCCACAAAAAUGUUAAGGACACCCAUAAUAGCUAAGGUCAAACUUGCCAUGAACUUACAAGAAUAAUAAAGUCAUACUUUUUAGCCUUAAUGUGGAAUUUGCUGGUAAUUUUUUAUCAUAGACAGAUCAUUAAUAUUACUUAACAUGUUUUUAUUUAAUUUAUUUUUUGUAUUUUUUAAAGAAAGGACUAAAAGUAAGCAAGAAAAAUGUUAUGACUUUAUGGCAGUUGAUGCAAUAAACUGUAAUCAAUUUAUUCAAAUAAC